GGCAUCGGUGUGCGGUAGUCUGUGUUUUUAGCGUUCACAGUCACUCGAUCAGUCGACCGGCAAAGUCAUCGGAGGCCGGUUGAACUCCCGUCGAAAGCGCGUGAUAACGCACAUAUAUAUACACACACGUCAUAUACAACUCACUCGGCGUAUACAUACAUAACACACACACACACACAGACACACGUCCACACAUAUAUAAACCACACGCAAGCACGAUACAAUUAUACGGGAAUAUAAAUAUAUGUAUAUAUAUAUAUAUUAAAAAUAUACACGACAUAAAAUAAAAAAAAAAUUGUACGAGCGCAGUACAAAAAUAUUCGCGAAACUUCGCCGCCGUUACCGCGAAUAGUGUCCGUUAUCCGCCGGCGUCGCGUUUUAACCGGGUUUUGUGUAAAAACACAAUACUCGUGACAAAUAAUUACUAUUCAAAUUUUAAUUUUUUUUUUAAAUUUAAAAUUUUUUUUUUUUCCGUGUGCGUUCUCUCGAUAUCCAGUGCCGCCGUAUAACGCACACAAUAGAGGCGUCCAAAAUGAGUCCGUUUAGCUAAGGCUGUCUCAGACAUGGGAAGCGAGCACUACUGUCUACGGUGGAACAAUCAUCAGAACAACUUGCUGGGUGUAUUCAGUCAACUGCUCCAAGAAGAGUCCCUCGUGGACGUGACGCUCGCCUGUUCGGAAGAAGGUCGCCUGAUCCGAGCGCACAAGGUGGUGUUAUCCGCGUGCAGCGCUUACUUCAAGGCACUGUUCCUAGACCACCCGACCCGGCAUCCCAUAGUCGUGCUCAAAGACGUCCAGUUCGCCGAGCUGCGCGACCUAGUGGAAUUUAUGUACCGGGGCGAAGUGAACGUCGACCACAGGCAGCUGUCCACUCUUUUGAAGACGGCCGAGAGUCUGAAGGUCAAGGGGCUGGCCGACAUGGCCCGCCCCAGCGACGCCGCCGACGACUCCGUCAGCGACCACGUCGAAAUGGUGGCCGCCGACCGUGACGACGACGAGCCAGAAGAUCUGAGGCCCACGAGCCGGUGUCGGACGCCGGAGGUGGGAAGUCGGACGCCGGAGCUGAAAACCCGGACGCCGGUGCUGGAAAGCCGGACGCCGUCGCCGCCGCCCACCGAAAGCGACGACAACUUGUCCAUGCAAAGUGAGCCUAGCGACAUGACUACCGUCGACCGACAAGAACGCUUGUCGUCUCCGCCCAGUUUCGGUUUGCCGCCGGUUCAGCAAGCACCUUUGUUUUUGAAAAAAGAAGCUGAAUGUGACAAGACUGACGACAGAAGCGCUCAAGGCGAAAGCUCAUUGGACUACAGAAACAUACCGGACCCGGAAGUUUGUUUGGUCGAAGGAGUUUUCAACACUUUGGCCGCGUACAGAUCACAAGUAUCCGUUCUGCAACAGAGAUUCUCAGCGUUUAGCCAGUUUCCAGCAUCCCUGCCGCCCGUCUACAACGCAGAAACAUCAGUGUCGUUGUACUCCGUGCUUCAACAACAAGGUCUAAUCGGACCGUGCGUCAGCUCUAGCGACGAAGUGGCCAGCCGCUGCUUGAUCAGAUGUGCCAUUUGCUUGGCGGGAUUCCCGUCCACUUGGCUGUUGGAACAGCAUACGGCGUUGCAGCAUACCGGGCAACCAGUUCGCGGUCACGGUGGCGACGGAGGUGACGAGAAACCGUUCCAAUGCGAACAAUGCGGUCAAAAUUAUCGGUACCGGUCGGCAUAUCUCAAGCAUCGCGAGCAAAACCACAGGGCACGCCUGCCGGCCGACAAGCUGUUUACAUGUGACAUAUGCGGCAUGCAGUUCAGGUAUCUCAAGUCGUUCAAGAAACACCGGUUAAACCACGCAUUGGAGAGGCUUCAUCGGGAUACGACGGCACAUGGGGGCGACGAGAGUCGGGACGUGCCGCGCACGCCGACUUCAGCCGAGGCUCAAGUGACCAGCACAAACGAAGUGGUAUCCAUCGAGGCUGCCCAAUCGUCGGCGGCCAGUAGUCCGGUGCCAAAGUCCGGGUCCGCCAAAGUAUUAUCGUCGUCGUCGUCGUCGUCGCCAUCGCCGUUAAGCGUGCUCAAAUCAAACGCACAACGGACAGCGUCGGCUGCCAGUGCGCCCGCCGUUACAGACGGAGUCGCAAACGGUACCGCCAACAGCAACAACAACGUUAAAUCGUUCGCCUGUCCGUUUUGCGGCAAGUGCGUCCGGUCCAAGGAAAACCUUAAGCUGCACGUACGGAAACACACCGGCGAGCGGCCGUUCGCGUGCCUGUUCUGCGGACGCGCUUUCGGCGGCAAGAGCGACUUGACCCGACACUUGCGCAUUCACACCGGCGAAAGGCCUUACCAUUGUGAGAUGUGCGGAAAGUGUUUCGCCAGAGCAGAUUACCUGUCCAAACACUUGACCACGCACAUACACAACAACCACCAGCGUUAAACGGUCGACAUGGUAAUGGUUCAAAUGGUCUCUUUGGGUUACACGUUUUUUUUUUUAUUCACUUAUAUUAUUACGUAAUAUUAUUAUAACUAUAAUCAAUUUGUCGUUUUUCUUUUUUAACGUCGUCAUACCGGACUUGCAGUAGUGUGUCGGUUGGAAACGAUUAUGGUUAUUCGCGAAAGCUCAAUUAAACAGAAUUAAAAAUUUAUUUGAACAAAUCUUUUUAUACAUUACUCUAAACGAUAAUGCUCUAAAAAACAUAUUAUAGUAUUCGUAGUUUGUACUUAAUCGAUUGAUUCCUUUGUUGUUUUUUUUUCUUUUUUAAUAUACUUACUAGGCAUGUGGUAUAAAAUUAAUAGUAUAAUAUGGUCAGUGAUCCGUUUGAACCAUUGUCAUGGGGAUAAUGUGGCUAAUGAGAGUAUUUUGAAGGCAAACGACGGCCUAUUUGAUUGUAAACGCAAAAGAAAAAUUAUUAACUCUAAAUUUUAAGUAUAAUUACAUUCUCUAGUCAUAUAAAUUAAUGUUUAUAUUUCCUUUGAAAAAAAAAAAUCAAAAUUUUUUUGUUUUUGUGAUCGGACGAGCGUGUAUUAUAAAUUAUUAAAACAAAAAUUGAACGGCAACGCGCUUUGUCUUACAAACAUAUAUAUAUUAUAUUUGUAUUGUUUUUUCAUUUUUAUGUUGUUUAUAUAGUUUACACACAAUCGGUUUUUAUUAUUAUUUUAUUAAUUAUUUUGCAAUUUUUGAUGUGAUAAUUUUAAGCAAACCCAGUAUGUGAUAAUUAAUGAGUGUAUCGAUCGGUUAAGGGAUAGUGUAAUGUAAAUACUAUUCCCAAACAUUCGGAAGCUUUGUUAAACAUUUGAUACCUUUUAUUCUUUUUUUUUUUUUAUGAAAACCGUAGUUUUUAAUUUAUUAUUAUCGAUAAGGUUGUUUAAUUUUCUUUUGUAUACUUACGUUUACAUUUAUAUAUUUAUUUAUAAUUUAAUAGGCAUAUAUAUUUAUCUAAGCAUUUUGUCAAACAUAUGUCAUGUGAUUGUAAAACUGUGAUAGAAACGAAAGGAAACUGGAAAGUGAUAUUAUAUUGAAACAAAAAUGAAAUGAUAGAUAUAAUAUAGGUAUGUAACAUUAAUGGUUGUGAUAUGUAAAAAACAAAUUUUGGAAACAGAUAAUGCGUAAAAACAAAAUGAAAUGAAUUUGGAGGAUGUUGUGUACGUGUGAGAUUGUUAGAAUGUAGGUAUGUAUAUUAUGUAUGUAUUCUUCGAAAAUUCGAAUGAGUUCGGAUUGUAAUCCGGAUUCAUUGGCACGUGCGAUGGUACAUUGUAUUAUAUUCUGUAUUGUAAUCAUCAGACUGAAUAGGUUGUCUCGACCAAUGCAAGCAGCUAAUUAUUUUAACAUGACAUUAGGGAUGAACAAACUUACAUAGCGCCAACUCGGUUGAGUACAUGAUAUUUUGUACUUACUAAGAUAAAUGUUUUGCUCAAAACAGUAUUAAGACAAACAAAAAACAAAAAACAAAACGAAACUAUUCUUAAUUCACAAAUCUCAACAAAAUAACAUAUUAUUUAUUAUUAUUAUUAUUAAUAUACCUACCGCGUACCUAUUAAUAAUUAACCUAUGAUUAUUAUCGUACAAUAAUAGUCAAAACUCGUAACAAAAAUAGUACAAUUUUUUUCAUAAAUACCUAAUGUAUAACGUUUAAUUAUAACUAUUAAGCUUUUUUACAGUUCUACCUCGUGUUUAUAAUAUACAGUAUGGUACAUCACAAAUACUCGUAACAAAAGUACAAAAUAGCCAAUUUUUUUUGUUAAUUAUUCUAACUCACUUGGUUUUUUUUAUGUUUAACCUCAAUAACUUAAUUUUGUAUUAAGUAUUUUUAUUUUUAUUUUUUGUUUUUAAUUAUAUUUUUUAUGUAUACCUCCUGUUUUUU